AAAUAAAAAUAAACCACUUCACCAAACUCUUCUCCUCUUCUGCUUGCUUCUCUGUUUUUUUCACUUUUUUUCAAGAGUCUCUUAGCAGAAAUGGCAGGUACUUGUAUAUUUGCAGAGAUAUACGAUGAAAACACUAAUGUCUACAAGUACUACUCAGAUGGAGCUUGGAACGUAUCUUCGUCUGGGAAAUCUGUUCCAAUCAUAAAUCCUACCACUAGAAAAACUCAUUACAAAGUUCAAGCAUGUACGCAAGAGGAAGUGAACAAAGUGAUGGAGAGUUCAAAAGCAGCACAGAAACUCUGGGCAAAAACACCAUUAUGGAAAAGAGCUGAAAUGCUACAUAAAGCAGCUGCGAUUCUUAAAGAACACAAAGCACCCAUUGCUGAGUGCCUUGUUAAAGAGAUUGCUAAACCUGCUAAAGAUGCUGUCACUGAGGUGGUGAGAUCUGGAGAUUUGGUGAGUUAUUGUGGAGAAGAAGGUGUGAGGAUAUUAGGAGAAGGAAAAUUCCUUACUUCAGAUAGCUUUCCUGGCAAUGAAAGGUCCAAGUACUGUCUUGUUUCUAAGGUUCCACUUGGAGUUGUAUUAGCAAUCCCACCCUUCAAUUAUCCCGUAAACUUAGCCGUUUCCAAAAUUGCACCUGCCCUAAUAGCCGGAAAUUCGCUUGUAUUGAAGCCGCCAACUCAGGGUGCUGUAGCGGCUCUCCACAUGGUGCAUUGUUUUCAUUUGGCUGGUUUCCCCAAAGGUCUUAUUAGUUGUAUUACUGGAAAAGGUUCCGAAAUUGGUGAUUUCCUAACAAUGCACCCAGGUGUAAAUUGUAUAAGUUUCACAGGUGGAGAUACUGGAAUUGCAAUCUCAAAGAAAGCAGGAAUGGUUCCUCUUCAAAUGGAGCUAGGAGGGAAAGAUGCAUGCAUUGUUCUUGAAGAUGCUGAUUUGGAUUUAGUUGCGGCUAAUAUUAUAAAGGGGGGAUUCUCUUACAGUGGCCAAAGAUGUACAGCUGUUAAAGUCGUUCUAGUGAUGGAAUCUGUAGCUGAUGCUCUUGUAGAGAAAGUGAAUGCGAAAGUGUCUAAAUUGACGGUAGGACCUCCGGAGGACAACUGUGAUAUCACUCCGGUCGUAUCAGAGUCAUCCGCUAAUUUCAUUGAAGGACUAGUGAUGGAUGCGAAACAAAAAGGUGCAACCUUUUGUCAAGAGUAUAAGAGAGAUGGUAACUUAAUUUGGCCUUUGUUGUUAGACAAUGUUAAACCAGAAAUGAGGAUUGCAUGGGAGGAACCAUUUGGACCAGUUUUGCCAGUCAUUAGGAUCAGCACGGUCGAGCAAGGAAUCCACCAUUGUAAUGCUAGUAAUUUUGGCCUUCAGGGUUGUGUUUUCACAAGAGAUAUAAACAAAGCAAUCUUGAUCGGGGAUGCAAUGGAAACCGGAACAGUUCAAAUCAACUCGGCACCAGCUCGUGGACCUGACCAUUUUCCUUUCCAAGGUUUGAAGGACAGCGGAAUCGGUUCACAAGGAGUUACAAACAGUAUACUUAUGAUGACUAAGAUAAAGAGCACUGUUAUCAACUUACCCUCACCAUCAUACACAAUGGGUUAACCGAAAGAAAUUGGUGUUAGAUAUCUAAUUUAGUGAAGGUGUGUUGUUUUGUUGUUGUUUUAUGUUUUAGGCACAUCCAAGUGUGAUAAAAUAAUGAACGAAAACAUGGGGGAUGGAGUAUGUAUUUUUCUCCUCAUCUUGGAAUCACGAUUUCAACUGAUAGUGUAUCGAGUUUUACUUAUUGGAAUUAUUGUGUGUGUUCAGUUAAAGAUUAAAAUAUUGAAAUUUCUUCUUAGUGUUA